CCCAAACACUAAAUAACCUAAGCCUAGCAAGUAGCAGCACCACUCUUAGUCUCUCAUAGUCUCUCUCUAACGAAGGAACAUCAAUCCCCAAUCCCCAAUACACAGCCGUCGAGCCCCUUCCUCCCAGCAGCGUUUUCCUUCACCGUCGCCAACUCGCCGAACAGAGCCUCGCGGACAGCACCUCAGCGCGGUCCUCUCUCCCUCCCUCCCUCCUUCGCAGUUCACAGUUGCCGUUUCCCUCCCUCGCGUCGCAACUUCUCCCUUUCCCUCCCUCGCUCUCGCAGCCUUUCCCUUCCUGCUGUGCUGGUGCUGCUGUUUUAAUUUGUAAAAUAGAAGAUUCGCCUCGAGCAGGAGAAUGAAGGCGUUCCUAGCACUGCAAUUUGUGAGAUUUCUCUCCUCAAGGAAAUGCAGCACAUGAAUAUUGUUAGAUAACUGGAGUGUGAAGGCCAUCCGUAGAAAGACCACCGACACUGGCAGGAUGAGCUACCUCCAUCACGUGCCUUGCUGAUUCAAGAGCAGCUUCAGAGAAGGUACUGAAGCUGCACCAAGGAUGAAGGGAGCAGCUGCAUCUGGAGAGACUGUACAUGGGAAUCGUCAUCAUCUUGGUCAAGCUCUUCUGGAAGAAACCAGAGCAGCGUUACAAGUAUACAAGGUGUCAAUUGGUGCAGCUUGUAAUCUUUCGUGGCCUGCUGAUCGUCUUGUCAUCCAAGUUCUUGACGAUUCUACUGAGCCUGCAAUCACAGUAGUCUUAUUAUUGGUCAAUGCGGCUCUCUGGUUUGAGUGGAGCAAGAUCCAGACGCCUACGGAUGAAGUUUUUGUGCCUUAUGAUAGUCUAGCUCCAACUCCUGAAGGUGAAAGGAUGCACUUCAGCUUUGCUGCAAUUUGCAAAGACAACAAACAUCCCCGUUCUUUUGGAAGAAAGAUCACCCAAUGCAGUGCAAGAGAAAGGUUUUAAUUUUGAUGAUACUAGGAUUAUGAGAGGAGCAUGGAGGAAUGAGUCUAAUCCUGAUAUCUGCAAGAAGAAGCUAUACAAAGUUUGUCAACUGUGUCCAUGUGUCAUGAGAACAUACAACUGAACUUGAUCAGUUGGGUAACUUAGAAUUCUGUUACUUAUUUAUUUAGGGGUUGGUCUUUCUUGUUGGUCUCAUGAUCUAUAAUUUCUGCUUUUAUAUAGUUUCAAUAGGCACUCUAUUUUGUCUUUAACCUUUACACACUGAAAUUUCACUUUGCAUGCUUUCCACGUUGGAGGAGUUGGCCUUUACGUUUUCUUUUUGUCUUUGAAAAAUAAAUUUUCUUACAAGAGAAUUUGUGAUUCUUAGUUCUUCUCAUCUUCUGAACAACUUGACUUAUUUGGCUCAAUGAUACUGAUGCAAUAGUUUUGAAUACUCUUACUAUGGAGUAUGGACACAUGCCACAAAAGAAAAGCAUAUUGCUUUCUUGACAAAUUUUGUUAUAAAUUGAGAAAGUGGUCUAUCCACUUGGAUUUGAUGAUGAAAGCUCAUAUGCUAAUCUAUUGUGAGAUCUUUAUCUGCAGCAAUUUUAUGGUUGUUAAUAAGAAUAAGAAUGUCAAGCCCCUUAUUUUCGCAUAGUAACCAAGUGUAAUGUCUAUAUUGCCUAAUUUUCAACUAGCGGGCAUAAUCUAGAUCCUUCAUCUUAAAUACUAAUAUUUGCUCGAAGAGAAGAUGCUUUUGUUCAACGAUGUAGUGUUUUAUAUUGUAUCUUCCUUUUUUCUGGUAAAAUGCUUUACUUACAAGAAAAAACUGUUUACUUUCUUUGUGCUCGUGUGAUGA